AUGAAAGGUGUUUAUUUCCUUGUGGCGUUUGUUCUGUUUGCUCUGGCUUCCACACUUGCCUCUGCCUCCGACCCCAGCCCUCUUCAGGACUUCUGUGUAGCAAUUAAUGAUACCAACAACACCUAUACUAAAUACAGAAUGUUUUUUCUUUCCAUUUAUGCAGUUUUUGUUAAUGGCAAGUUCUGCAAGGACCCAAAGCUUGCCACCCCAAUGGACUUCUUCUUUUCGGGGCUCAACAUUCCAGGAAAUACAUCAAACCAACUAGGAUCAAAAGUCACUCCAGUCAAUGUUGCCCAAAUACUAGGACUUAACACUCUUGGCAUCUCAUUGGCUCGACUUGACUUUGCACCCUAUGGUGGCCUAAACCCCCCUCACACUCACCCUCGUGCUACAGAAAUCCUAGUCGUAGUGGAGGGCACACUCCUCGUUGGCUUUGUUACAUCCAACCCCGAUAACCGUCUGAUCACCAAAGUCCUAUACCCUGGAGAUGUCUUUGUUUUCCCAAUCGGUCUCAUUCACUUCCAAUUCAACGUAGGGAACACCAACGCUGUUGCAUUUGCUGCUCUCAGCAGCCAAAACCCAGGGGUUAUCACCAUUGCAAAUGCAGUCUUUGGCUCUAACCCUGCCAUCAAUCCUGAUGUUCUUGCUAAGGCCUUCCAGCUGGAUAAGAACAUCGUUAACCAACUUCAACACCAGUUCUGGUGGGAUAACAACUAG